AUGGCGCGGCGUAUUCUUUCCUAUCUUUACUACAUUAUUCUGUCAAAACUUGGCCCAAGAGAUAUUCGGAAGUUGAUUUGGCGAACCAGAAAGAUUCGUCUCAUCGUUUCUAACCGAGGAAAAGGGCAUGGGUAGGCUUCUCCCACUAACACAAAAAACAGCCAUGUUCAGGGUUCUAAAUGUUCCGUCUGUUCUUUGCUUCACAAAAGGGCUGUUACCGAAUCAGCUGGUUAGAGUUUCCUUCAAUCACAAGGACAGAUAUGGUAAAAAAAAACGUUGACUUUAGUUUGAAACGAACCUUUGAAGUUCUCAGGACAGUCCAACUUAACUGAACGUAUCCUCAAACUCGAGAUCGACAACCGACUGUCCUCCGACGAAGUUAGUCUAUCCAGAACCGACGCUUUCAACGUCUUUGGCCACCAGCCAAUCUAUGAUGUUAAAGUACAGGUUUCAUAUAUUUUUCAGUUUGAACAAUUUUCAAUCAUUUCCAGGACAUCGUUCCCACAUCAGCUUUGCGAAUAGAGAAACUGUCGGUUGCUGAAAAUAUCAAACUGGCGAGGAUCCAACAAAGCGAAACGAAGCCGCCGACUUUGGAGUUUAAUCAACUUCGUCAACUUCUUUCCAAGCAGAGGUUCGAUAUGAAAAAAAAUAACCAAAAUAUUUUUACAGUAUUUUACACAAUCAUGACGUUAUUUGCAUUCGUAACACUAACCGCCAAAAUUCUCAACAAAUGCCGCAAUUUUAUAGGGUUCGUCAUUCUUCUUUUUUUUUUUAAUUUAGGAGCUGAGUCAUUUAUUUUCAUUUCUUCUAGCAUGAGUCGAAAAACAGGAUUUCCACAGGUAGACUGUGACCCCUCGCCAUGCCUAGUCGACCAAACUACAAGCGUUUACGAAACGGCCGAAGUUAAUGGAUUUUGUCCAUUCGGCGGCUUCACAAGCCCUUUUUACUUGCACCCGAGUCUCAAGGACAUCGUCGAUCGUUUGACGAGCAUUUACAAUGCUUACAAAGAAGUUCAUUUUUCGAAAAGUCUCAAAUCGAAGUAACCAUUAAGAAAAACGAAACUGUGCUCCAGCUUUUUUUAACGGGAGCUGCUGGAAAUGGGAAAAGACUGGCGGCUAAGCUUUUUGCUGCGUCCACACAUCGAAGCUUCGUCGAAGGAGAUGCCUACGACGUCUGUGCCGACGUCAUCUCUCAAACUGAAGCCAAAAUCAAAAAUUUAUUUGAAAAAGGUUAUUAAAGAGGGAAAUAUUUUCUUAAAAAAUACAAUUCAGCCGAAAAAACGCAGCCUUGUGUCCUAUACGUCGGCAACGCCAACGUCUUAGGAUAUGAUUCAACUUCGGGCGUAGGUGAACUCUUUGUCUGCCUAAAUUUCUUUCUUCAGUCACUAAUAAAAUCCAAUAAAACAUAUAUGUAAUCUACUAGGCGGUGAACAAGCAAAAAGCAUGGUCUUAGGGUCCUUUGCCUCGUUCUUCUGCAAGUAGUUCAUCCCUUUGUUCCUUGACGAGAUCAGAAGUAGCGGAUAUGGUGAGCGAGGUUCUCUGGAAGAAAACCCGGAUACCGUGCUCUAAGUGGAAGCCUCGAAAUUAGCCCCUUUGAGCGAAGAUUUUACACGGAAUCAUCCUUCAUAACAUCAGAAAAAACUUCAAAACCACUGACUGAUACAAUAAGUAAGAUAUUCUUUCAAAAAUAACAGAACAUGGCGACACUAAAUAUUUUCUUUUCUUUCUUUGAAGUCAACUCAGCGAUGAAUUAAUUUUACCUAUAUAUAGAUUGUUACAGAUCAGAGGGUGCUCAAUUUUUUCUGCGAGCAAGCCGAAGAAAGGCCACAAAUCACGGUGGUCCUCUCCUGCGAUAGUGAUAUGGUGGGUUAGUCAAAAAAAAUUUUCUAAAAAUUUUUUUUAGUUGAAACAAACACCGGAAUCAGUGAAAUCAAUCGGUCUCUACACGCUCGCCAUUCCACAUAUGGACGAAGAAGACCGAUUUUUGUGGGUCAGACAAUUUAUUCCAGAGAACCUCGCUCAUUUCGUGGUUCAGAAAACAUCGGUUUGCAAAUCGCACUAAAACUUGGAGAAAACUUGUAAUUCAGGGCUUUUCGCUAUCCGAGAUGCUGGAGCUGGUCAAAAACAUUAAAUACAAGCAGACGAAAAGCAAAAAAGAUGCACCUGAGCAGGAAUUCGCGGAGUGGGCAAUAGACCAACGAAACGCCAACUUUGCAGAUGCCAUAGGAGCUCCCAAGGUUUUUUUCACUUCUCGAAAAUUUAAUGGAAUUUCAUCAUAGAUCCCCAACGUGUUUUGGGACGACGUUGGAGGAUUGGAAGAAGCAAAGCAGACAGUCGUGGAGAGCAUUCAAGCCAACAUGUAUGGGUCGCAAGGACUCAAACGGUCUGGAAUAAUCCUGCACGGAGCUCCUGGCUGUGGAAAAACUCUCAUAGCCAAAGCGGUCGCCACAGAAUUCAAAGUAGCUUUUCUCAGCGUGAAAGGACCCGAGCUUCUCAACAAAUACGUUGGGCAAAGUGAAGAAAACUUGCGAAAAGGUUAGAACAAAAACUUCACCUCGAAGGACUUCUAUUACAGUUUUUGAAAGAGCCCGUCAAGCAUCACCUUGCAUAAUCUUUUUCGACGAGAUCGAUUCCCUGGCUCCGAAUCGUGGAAAAAAUGGAGAUUCUGGCGGUGUGAUCGACAGGUUCCUAAGAAUACACGAUAAAACCCGAACAAGAUAGUUUAAGGAUCGUCUCUCAACUUCUGUCUGAGCUCGACAAGCUUCACAAUUCGUCAAAGACUAAGGUUUUUGUGAUGGGAGCUACCAACAGACCAGAUCUUUUGGAUUCAUCUCUUCUCACGCCCGGAAGGUUUUUGAACAUCGUUACGUGACAAGAUAUUGAUCAAGUUAGGUUCGACAAACUAGUCGAGAUUACACCUGGUCGAGAUUUCUCGACGCGAACCAAAAUAUUGGAGGCCGUUGCUCGGAAAGUGAGACUGCAUGAGGAUGUAGAUCUUACAGAAAUUGUAAGUUAUUUGGAUAAAUUUCAUAACGGUGAAAACUGAUUUUCAAGGCAAAAGCUUGCGAUGAAGAAAUGUCCGGAGCUCAGCUCUCAGCUCUGGUUUCAAACGCCGCAAUGCGAGCAAUCAUUGAAAGAGUAAGUGAUAACUUAUUCGAAAAUCCAAGGCGACUUUUCAGGUUCAACAGAUUGAGAGCGGACAACUUCAGUCAAAAACUGGCGAACUGCGUCUUACGCAAAAACACUUGCUGAGAUCUUUGCAUGAAAUGACCGAGAAGUCAAUAAAAUCAAUUUAA